AUGCCGCCGAAAUCUGCACCGCUCAAAGGAGAAGGACAAAGACUCCGUGGAAAUGCAAUACACACGGGGUUUGACGGGGGAAAAUAUCAGAUCGAGCAAUCAUCUUCCAUCCAGCUUGGUCUACCACGUACGAAAUCUGCCUUGCAAAAAAGUCCCAUCUUGCCAAUCUCACUCCCAAAUAAGGACGAAAAUGGGAUGAUUGGCCUAAUGAACCACUUCACGUCUUGUCGUCGGCUUACGCGUGGCUCGAGAGCUUAUGUUUUCCGUGGCCGGUGCGUCAGGUGA